AGUGUCGCGCUGAACUUUCAUACUCGCAGUCGCGCAUGCGUAUAAAGCGCACGCACUACACGCAUUCGCUUUUUUGCAAUUUGUUUUGUUUGUGGUCUAAGUGUGUUUAUUUAAACCUCACAAAAAUGUAAUACAGACAAAUGAUUAAAGUUUUGAAAAGUGUUUAAUUUUGGAGAAAAAUCAAGAUUUUUUUCAAUUACAGAAAAAUUAAUAAUAAGACAUUUCAAAUUAAUGUUUGCGAAAUCUAUCUUCCAUGAAUCAAGUACGUCCCCGGCAUACGGUUCAUGAGGGAGGCAGGUUGAUGAAGAAUUUUCCCACGUAGGACUUUUCCCUUGUGUGGAAACACGGCCGGCCAGUUUUCAGUAUCAGUACAAUUAAAUCUAUAAGUCCCAACAUGCGGUUCUUAUAUUCUUUCUGCCGGCGGAUCACCGACGACUUGAAGCAAAAGAAGCUGAUACCACUGAAGAUAUUGUUUUUUGUACAUGCCUCUACGUUGUUCGUGUUAUAUCCGUACCUGACAAUUCAUAUGCGCGAGCUGGGCAUCAACGUGGAGGAGGCCGCCAUCAUGUCGGCCGUCACGCCCGUGGUCUCCAUCGUCAUGCCCCCGCUUGCCGGCAUGCUGGCUGACAAAAUUGGCAAUUUCAGGUUACUGCUGGCGUUCUCGUCAGGACUGGGAGGUUUGUCGGCACUGCUGCUGUUGCUGGUGCCGGUGGGCCGCAUCAAGGUCACCUUCCCUCCGGCCGUCGAGCUCCUCGCCUCCUGUGGUGUCGACGGCCUGCAGCUCCACACACAUCGCGACCAGUUCUGCCAACCAAAACAUCUGUACUCGUACAAAGUCGAUAUGGAGAUACCAACAUGUGGGUUUGUUUGCACAUUACCGUACGAACUAUCGGCCGCGGACAGAGAUGACAUAGUCAAUAGUCAAUCGUACGAAGUGCAGCUCGAAUGGCAUCAAAUGCUGUACCGGCAUGCCGUAUCUAACUCGCUGCCCCUCGCCACUCCGCCCACCAAGUACCACGCCACACGGAAAAUGAACAACCAACCAUACCUCAACACGACCGUCUCGAGAAUCCUCGACGAUCAACUUUUCUUUCCAGUGCCAAAACUGUUUCAACUACAAUGCGAUUAUGAGAACAACACUUGCUCUCUGGGACAGGGAGACGUCGUUACUACAUCCGCAAUUGAGAGCCAAGAAAAAUAUAACGUUUGGGUGUCGUAUGAAGCACGAAAAGAACAGAAUGAUGUUAAAGAGUUCUGGGUCGCACUGUCUGAUGGAAACUCGACGAAGAAAGACUAUCAAGUUUCAUGUAUAGACAAUUAUUUGAAGGUACAUGACGCCAAAGGGAUAAUAGUGCAGACCACCUCGAGAGAACUGGGUGAUUGCUCUGCAGCAUGUAUCACGACGAUUCCUCGUAAAGUGCUGUGUGAGAACAUGGAACAACACGUCGAAAUAGAUCCCGUGUUUACUUUUUGGAUCUACCUUGCUGUCCGCGUGUUUAUCGGCAUCAUCAGCGGCACCGCGUUCGCGAUGUUCGAAGGCGCCGUGAUCUCCAUCGUGCGCGAGCAGCAGGCGGACUAUGGGCUGCAGAGGCUGUAUGGCAGCAUCGGGGGUAUGAUCUCCUCGCCGCUGUCCGGCCUGCUCAUCGACUACGCCAGCAGGGGAAAGGGAUACACUGACUUCAGGCCUGCGUUCUACCUGUAUGCAGUGCUGAAGGUGGCUUCAGGAUUCCUGAUGCUGAGCAUUGACCUGCAGUUUAAGCAACCCGCGCAGAACUUGCUUACUGACGUCAUAUCCGUCUUCAAGAAUAUCGAGAUGGUCGCUCUGUUGAUCGCCUGCUUCGUUUUGGGUACCGCAUGGGGCUUCAUAGAGAGUUGGCUGUUUUGGCUGCUGCAGGACAUGGGUGCGUCGCGGUGGUUGAUGGGCAUCACCAUCACGGUGGGGGGCAUCGCGGGGCUCCCGCUGCUGGUGCUCUCGGGGCCCAUCAUCAGGAAGCUCGGACAUGCCAAUGUGCUGUUCAUUGGAUUUGUGUUCUACGCCAUUAGAUUGUUGGGCUACUCGCUGAUCUACACGCCGUGGCUGUGCCUGGUGUUCGAGGCGCUGGAGUCGGUGACGUCGUCGCUGUCGUUCACGGCCGCCGUCACGUACGCGGCGCAGCUCUCCUCCACCUCCACCGACACCUCCGUGCAGGGGCUGCUGGGCGGGCUCUACUACGGCGUCGGUAAAGGAUCUGGAAGUCUCAUUGGGGGUUACCUAAUGAAAUUUUUCGGCGACAGACCGACCUACCAGAUCUUCGCUGGAGCCACAUUCAUCACAGGAUGUAUUUAUUUCCUGUUCAAUAAAUUCUACCUGCGCAAGAGGGUCACCCGCGGCGACAGCGACACCUGUAAGAAGAAGCCAACUGAAUUAGACGUGGAGUGCCGGGAAACGGGUAAAGAUGUCAAUGUAGCUAAUAUGACGGUAGAUGUCGCUAAAGUGGACGCGCACAAAGCAAGUAAUAUCCAUGCUGCGCAAAUAACCCACCAAAGUAAUAUAAAAAGUUCUACGGACAGCACAGAUGGCGGUAGUGAUUCGGGAGUUGAUAAUCCCGCUUAUAAUGACUCUGAGCCCGCCAACGAUCCUAGAAAAGAUGAUAAUAAAAUUGACGGGUAAUUAUGUUUAACUUUAUUAUUAAAUAAUUGUUACAAAAUAUUUUAAUUUAUCAAUUUAAGUAAACUAAAUGUAUAUAAAUAAAUUAUUCUAAGUUAUAAUGUUA